GCGGCUCAGUGCGAGCAGCGGAGAGGCGAGCCAGGGAGAGGGGGUCCGAACGCGGCGCGGGUGCUGAGAGGGCAGACGCGGGGCGCGGACGGCGGCAAGAUGUUCAGCUGGAUGGGGCGGCAGGCGGGCGGGCGCGAGCGCGCGGGCGGAGCGGAUGCGGUACAGACUGUGACCGGCGGCCUGCGCUCGCUCUACCUGCGCAAGGUGCUGCCGCUGGAGGAGGCGUACCGCUUCCACGAGUUCCACUCUCCCGCCCUGGAGGACGCCGACUUCGAGAACAAGCCCAUGAUCCUGCUGGUGGGCCAGUACAGCACGGGCAAGACCACCUUCAUCAGAUACUUACUGGAGCAAGACUUCCCAGGCAUGAGGAUUGGUCCAGAGCCCACCACCGAUUCCUUCAUCGCUGUGAUGUAUGGGGAGACCGAGGGCAGCACCCCAGGGAACGCAUUAGUAGUGGACCCCAAAAAGCCAUUUCGAAAGCUUAGUCGCUUUGGAAAUGCUUUCCUGAAUCGGUUCAUGUGCUCCCAGCUGCCCAAUCAGGUCCUGAAGAGCAUCAGCAUCAUCGACAGCCCCGGCAUCCUGUCUGGGGAGAAGCAGCGCAUCAGCCGAGGCUAUGACUUCUGCCAGGUCCUGCAGUGGUUCGCUGAGCGGGUCGACAGGAUCAUCCUGCUCUUCGAUGCUCACAAACUGGACAUCUCAGAUGAGUUCUCCGAGGCCAUCAAGGCCUUCCGGGGCCAGGAUGACAAGAUCCGCGUAGUGCUGAACAAGGCCGACCAAGUGGACACACAGCAGCUGAUGCGUGUUUACGGGGCCCUCAUGUGGUCCCUAGGCAAGGUCAUCAACACUCCCGAGGUGCUGCGUGUCUACAUCGGCUCCUUCUGGGCACAGCCCCUGCAGAACACUGACAACCGCCGGCUGUUCGAGGCCGAGGCCCAGGACCUCUUCAGAGACAUCCAGAGUCUUCCCCAGAAGGCAGCCGUGCGCAAACUCAAUGACCUCAUCAAGCGAGCGAGGCUGGCCAAGGUACAUGCCUACAUCAUCAGCUACCUGAAGAAAGAGAUGCCGAGUGUAUUUGGGAAGGAAAACAAGAAGAGAGAGCUUAUCAGCAGAUUGCCAGAAAUCUACAUUCAACUGCAACGAGAAUACCAGAUUUCUGCAGGCGACUUCCCGGAGGUCAAGGCAAUGCAGGAACAGCUUGAGAACUACGACUUCACCAAAUUCCACUCACUGAAACCCAAGUUGAUCGAGGCCGUGGAUAACAUGCUGAGCAACAAGAUCUCGUCUCUGAUGAACCUCAUCAGCCAGGAGGAGAUAAGCAUGCCCACACAGCUCGUGCAGGGCGGUGCCUUCGAUGGCACCACCGAGGGCCCCUUCAACCAGGGCUAUGGGGAGGGCGCCAAGGAGGGGGCCGAUGAGGAGGAGUGGGUUGUGGCCAAAGACAAGCCCGUCUACGAUGAGCUCUUCUACACCCUGUCGCCCAUCAAUGGCAAGAUAUCGGGCGUCAACGCCAAGAAGGAGAUGGUGACCUCCAAGCUGCCCAACAGCGUCCUGGGCAAAAUCUGGAAGCUGGCCGACUGUGACUGCGACGGCAUGCUGGACGAGGAGGAGUUCGCGCUGGCCAAGCACCUCAUCAAGAUCAAGCUUGAUGGCUUUGAGCUGCCCAACAGCCUGCCCUCCCACCUUGUGCCCCCCUCCCACAGGAAGUCCCUGCCGAAGGCUGACUGAGGGGCAGGCGGUGUAAGUGGGCAUCGGAGGGCCUGGGCUGCAGCCUGUGCUGCCACUGACUCACCAAGCAAUGCUGGGCAAGGCACUGCCCUCUCUGUGCCUCAGUUUCUCCAUCUGCAGAAUGGGGAGGGCAGACAUUGGACACUAGAUGGGGUUCUUUUGCCUCUAAAAUUCCCUGAGUUUCUGUUCAUAUACUGAGGGGAGGGUGGACAAGGGGAUUGAAGAUUUGAGAAGAAAGAGAAAUUGCCCAAAGAGUACUCAGAAGCUGCAGAGACAGACAUGGGGGUGGGCUUUGUGCGGUCCCAGGAGCCGCAGGAGGGAGCUGGGGGCUCUUCUGGGCUUCACCGGAUUCCUCUUCCUCAUGCACCUGCCUAGAGCUUCUGUCUGUCCCUCAGAGGGCAUCGGAAGGGAGCAAAGCUCGUCUUACUUAUUUUGUUUCCUACUCUGUUUAGAAGGAAAACAAAAUAGAGCAGAGAGGGUGUCUGUUCUCUCCAAACCAUCUACCAAAGAGAAGACUGCUGCCCCAAGGUCUGAAAGGAGGAUGCAUAUGUCUGUGUGUGCCCCUGACCUUUCUGCAGGGGUCCCGCACAAUGGCAGCCAGGUCAGCAAAGUGCAGAUGGCCCAGCUCCCCACUGACUAGCUUCCCAGGGCCACCCCCCAACCCCAGGGCCUUUGCAAAAAAGUUGUAUUUGGUUAGGAAUUUAGAACUCACAAUAUUUAUUAACCCCUGGCAAGAUUUCUAGUAUUCAUUCCAAGUCUUGUUGAGGUUUGAAGAUUAGCUGUUCUUACUGGUUUGUUCAAUAAUUUGUAGCAAAGUCUAUUUAUCAUUCUUAAACCACCGUGAGGAAAAGAGGCAGUCCUCCUCAAUCAUCAGUUAGUGUGGUUACUAGUCCCCAAGGCUCCUUGGUCAAUGGCAGGAUUGAAAUUCACCACAAAAUGUGUCUUGGUGCACACAGCAUCCUGGGCCUGUGGACACAGCAGGAUGAGGGGCCAGCCUGCCCCAGGCUAUCAGGUAGAAGAAUCAGUCUACUAGUGUUACACACUAUUUUUAUAAAAAAUACGUAUUUUUAUUGUGUUCAAUUUUGCUUUCUUACAGGAUAAAAGCCUUUAUACAGAAAUAGGAUGGAAUCUUCCAUAAAAAAACCUUUCCUUCAAGGGCUGUGUGUUUUGUAUUAUGAGUGCCCAUCAUGAGGCAGCAUUUGGGCACACUCCCCAACCCUGGCUCCUGCACCCCCCGUAAAGCUCUGUGGACCGCUCGCUCAGAUGCCUGUGCCAGGUGGAGAUGGUUACUGCGCACUGCACCCUCCCUGCCAUGUGGGCUCCAGCUUGGGAAGGCAGCCUGGGGGCUCAUUUCCUCCAUAUUUAUGCAAUAAAGGAGAAAGACACAAAAUAGUGGUGGCUGCGAGGUCUGGGGCCCUGCAGGCAGUGGAAAUGAAUGAAAUCAGAACAGUCCCACCUGAGCCUUCCAAAAAACAGAUUUUUUUUCUGAAAUCACCUGUAACAUCAGUGUCCGAACUGCAGACUGAGGGGAAAAUGUUUAUUUUAGAGAAGUAGCCAGGUGCCAGCCCUUGUGCUCUCUAGCUUACUUUCUAAAUAAUGUCGUUUUAAGAGAAGUAAAUGCAUAAUAUGGCUUUUAAUCUGAAUGAGCACUUUUAUAUUAGAUACAUAAAAAAGGGACGUCUAUAAUUACAGUUCUGCGAUAUGAGCAGAUAGUUUGUGAGCACAUGAGGGCUGCCAACGGUGCAAGCUCAGGCCAAUCCCGCCAGGGUGAAAACAGAGAGAGAAGAAGACAGAGUUCAUCAUGAAAAGUGGACUGGCAAGAAAAACGCUGGAAAACAUCAAUGAUGGGGACUCGUGAGAAUUCACACAAAGUUCCCUGAGUCUGGGUCCAAAUGCCCAUCCCCCAACCCACAGUGCAGCAGUGCCGCAGAACGCGGAGCCCCAGGACCUCUUCACCUUGACUGAUUACAUCACCCUCCCUGAGCCCCACAGACUUCAAAUUAGGCGCUCUGCAGAGUGUUUAUGGAUUGGGCAGGGGGUGCAAGUAGGUAAACUCUAGCACUAUGAAACUAUCUUCAUGCUCUCCAUGAUUCCACAGAAGGAAAUCUAAGAAUCUUGAAUCCUGAAAAAUCUGUUUUCUACACAGCACAUAAUAGCACCUAAUACAGCCUCUAGAGUCUUGAGUUUAGGGGAGGAAAAUGAAAUGUUCAGCCUGCUCCUCCCAAAGUCAGCUUCCAGGCAGUAAGCCUGCUGAGGAGGCCUUCCUGAGCCAGUCUGUAACGAAACUCCCCUGAGACCUGCUGACCCUCGCCAGCUCCGGGACCACGUGCACACAUCCCAGCUGCCUUGGCCUUGCACUCUAGCCCAGCGUCUCAACUCUCUCCACACACCCGGAUGGCCCAGGGUAGGGUCUCUCCUCGAGGCAGGUGGCCCUUCGCUGAGUGGGCCGUCACUUCCCCAGGGCUGGGUGGGUUCUCUUUGUCACCAUUCAGCAACAGUGUCCUUGAGCGGGGGGAGGGGGUUGUGCUUCCUCCUACGGGGUAAUGCGCCUAUGUAUCGGGACUGGCGUCCAGGUGGGUCGGAGAGGAGUGAGAAGAAGCAGAGUGCCUCCUGCUCUCCCACCGAGCCCCCUUCAUGGCCAUCCCGCAGAAGAGGCCUCAGUAGUGCCCUGGCCCCACCACCCCUGACCGCCGUCCUUUCCUGUGAUGAUCCGGGUCUCCUCGGGAGCCGCCCGUCCACCGCACCGGGAAUGUCUCAUACUGGACUCCAUCCGCCAGGGUGGGGGUUAACCACCGGAGUCAUGGCCUGGCAACUGCCGGUGGGCCCGUUCCACUUGGCACCAUCACACUCCUGUGUUAUACCCAGAGCAAAACCCCAGACAGAUUGCCUUGACUAUAAGGAAAACAUCUAACAGACACUGUUUAUUUCCUCUAAGGAAUGUAGCAGAAGAAUAAUAUUCUUAGGACAGAUAACCACUGAGUUUAUUCAGGGAAACAUGGGCCUAAUUUAAGAGUGUAUCAGGUUAUAUGUUAGUCAGCAGUUAAUACACAAUGCUUCUAUUUUUUGUAAUCUUGUUUUGAAGUGUCAAAGACACAAUCUACUGAUCAAUAAACUUCUGAAAAAAACCA